AUGGCUAUCAACCUUUUACUGCUACUAGGAUUAGCCUUCAUCCUCAGUUCAGCUUUUCUUUUGUUACAGCGAAGCAAGCGCAACAUUCUCCUACAGCGGCUACGCAACGGCGGUCGACGAGUGUCAGGUGCAAAAACUCCUCCGAGGUCUCUAUCACCAGGGAAGAAGGCCGUCUCUGCCACCGAGAUCGAUUACUCUGACACCUUCCCACCAUCACGACGCUUCGUUUUGACCGAGACUAAGAACGAGAAUAAGGAUGAGUCCCAGGGGCCAACCCCGGGAUGGCAGAAGAGGGUCUUACCCAUGGAAACGUCAUAUAUGGAUGCUGACGACUCUGCCUUCCUCCCAUGUGGCUUCUCGGUGAAGGAGAUAAAAGCUCUCGGCGACUUUCCGGACUACGCUACACUCAGUGGCGUGCCUCUUCCCAACCCUUACCCAGAGUUUGACAUAAACAAGGCAUUACCCCGCCCAUAUAGGCCGUUUAGAUGGUCUUACCACCAAACAAUGUCCAUCACCAAGAUGCAAACUGAUUGGUGGAUUGAACUCCACAACACAUAUGAGGAGAGCAUCAAGCAGCGGCAGGCCUUGUUUGCAGAGCAUGGGGAAGCAGUUCUUCAAGCCCUACCAGGCUCAGAGCUCGCCUGCAAAGAACUAAUGGAGAUGGUGUUGCAGUUCGUAUGCACAAGGUAUCCGCACUACUUCAGCCUAUCAUCCGAUAAGAGAAUAUUCCACAACGAUAUCCUGAAGACAGACACUGAUCUCAUUACGACCCUACCUCUACACGUUCUUCUUAACAACAUCCCUGAAGACUUUGCCCUCAUGCUGCGGAACGAGAAAACAGGAUUGUACGUAUUCCGAGCCGGCGUUAUCUGCAGUGCACUGGGCUGGAAUGUGGGGUCGAAAAUCGGGCUUGAACUCGCAGGUAUACACAAGCCUAUCCCAGACUAUAAGGAAAAGAUGCAGUUCUCCAUGGACAGAUACUUCGCCAAAAAGCCGACAGAAAAGCCCAUUCAGCGCGGUUCCUGGGGCCUAGAAAUCGAUACUCCGCUCUACAUGCCACCUGGUGACCCCCACGAAGCUCUGCGCAACCAACAAUUACCUCCCUCCGAACUACCCCUUUCGCGUAUCCAUCUUCGCGUAGACUGGCAAACACUCCGUCGGCUCCCUUUGUCCGGGGCCGUCGUGUUCAAUUUCAAAGCGCUCUUUACCCCGAUCGAAGAGUUUAGGGAGGAAAAAUACGUUCCCGGCUUGCUGCUCAAGGUGUUGAAGGAGGGAAAGAAGGAGUUGAUGGAGUACAAGGGGACGUGGCAUGUGGAGCAUGUUGUUAUGCCCAACUUAGAAGAGUGGCAUAGGGAGCAGAUUGAUAAAGGUUUGGUUGAGAAGGACUGGGAGCCGCAGACGUUGGAUGAAAGUCCUUGGUUUGAGGGAUGGGAAGAAAGGUGGAGAGAGAGACAGGGGUUUUAA